AAAUAAUUAUGUAAAAGCAGAAGACUCAAACUUACAAAGAUUCUCACAACCUGGAGGAGAGAAAGAAACGAGUGUAGGAGCAACUAGCAAAAUAUCCUGAAAUGAUUCCCAUAAUUGUGGAAAAGAUCCCAGGUUGUAAAUUACCUUAAUUGCAAAAAGUGAAGUAACUUUAUUUAAAUGAUUGAAUGUAGAUUUUUGGUGAACUCUAGUUUCUGCUUCAACGAAUUCAAAAAUACAAUCAAGAAGAAAUUGAACUUGGAUGAGAAGACUUCCACUCUAUUUAUGUAUUGCGGAAAAACCCUGAUGAAUGAACGUACAUCUUAUCAUCAAUUUAACUAGAUGAGAAACUCAAAAAAAUCUACGAUUAAUUCAAGGAUCCAGAAGAUGGAUUCCUCUACUUGCAAUAUGCAGAUGCAGAAACCUUCGGUUUUUGAUUUAAUAAUAAUAAUCUAUAUAAUAAUAU